AUGGACUGCGUGGCCAAGCUUAAAUCGUUUGCAAGAGUCAAAACCUCCGAAGAAAAACAAAUGGCUCACAUCAAAUUCAUCUUUUCCAACUGCAGCCAAAGCCCCAUUGACGUCUCCUACGACGCGGAGAAGACUCUGCAGGAGGUGAAGGCGGACCUGCUGCUGCUGCAGUGGCGGCAGGCGCUGGGGCCCUCCAAAGAGCUGCUGCGGCUGCGGCUGUUUUGCUGCGGCCGGGAAAUGCUGGACUCCCGCAGGCUGCGGGACUACCCUGUGGGGCCCCACAGGGGGGCCCCCACGGCCUGCCACGUCUUCCUGGUCUUCAGGGACAGCAGCAGCUGCAGCAGCAGCAGCAGCAGCAGCAGCAGCUGCAACGCCCACACCGCCCGGUGCAUGUGCACCAUCGCCUGA